AUGGCCGCGAUGCAAGUAGACAAACUAGAUGUUGACUCUUAUCUAGCGACGGCCGCUUCUUCUGCUCCCUCUGAUCUCCAUCCCUUUUUCGAAAAGUUUAGGAAACAGCAUGAGCGAAAGUUGUGGCACCAGUUGACCUUGACAUUGUUUGAAUUUCUACAACAUCCGAACUCGGGGCCGUUCCAGGUUGACCUAUUUACCAAGUUUGUUCGAGACUUUGAGGACAAGCUAAAUCAACUGAAGCUAGUAUCAAUGGGCGUGACGGUUUCGAGGCAACUCGAUGAUCCAAAUGCCAUCUUAACGUUCCUGAGCUCGCUUCUGGAGAGGAUAUCCAAAGAAAAGUCGCGUGAAGCUUGGAUCUUGCUUGUUUCAUCAAUCGCCCACACCAAAUUAAUAUUCGGCGAUUUGGCGGGGACCAAGGUCGAUACGGACGAAUGUCAGAAACUUCUCGACGAUCUUGAUGGAGUAGAACCGAGCGCCAAAGCCGACUACGUCCCUUACUACAAAAAUUCGCUCCUCUAUCUGGCAUGCAUUGACGUCGAGAAGGAUCUUACGCCCGAUCAGAGGCUUGUUCGUGCGCAUGAUCUGAGCAUAGCGGCGCUCCUUGGGGAGACGAUCUACAAUUUUGGAGAGCUUCUUCAGCACCCAAUUAUGGAUUCCCUUGCAAACACUCCUCAACAAUGGCUCAAGGACUUGCUUUAUGUUUUUAAUGAGGGCAAUAUUGGGAAAUUUGAGAGCAUUAUGCCCCUGUUUCCUCAGGAGGCAAUCUUGGAAGAGAAUCACCCCUUCUUACGGCAAAAGAUCUGUCUCAUGGCACUGAUCGAAUCGGUCUUCAAGCGCAUGGGGACAGGGUCGGCGGGUAAGACGAUGUCAUUCCAAACGAUCGCCGAGGAAACCAAGCUACCACAAGAUGAGGUGGAGCAUCUAGUCAUGAAGGCGCUCAGCCUCAAGUUGAUUCAGGGCACUUUGGACCAAGUCUCAGAGACGGCGACCAUUACGUGGGUCCAACCUCGUGUCUUGUCGCGUUCGCAGCUAUCUCAGUUAGCCACGCGCUUGGACGAGUGGUGCGAUCGGAUCGACGCUCUGGAUUCAUUUGUUCAGAACCAGACGCCCGAGUUAUUCGCGCAUUAG